AAUAUCGGCUAUCUAUGCUGGACAACUGACGGACGAUCGCAAGUACCUCCUUCAAGAAUUGAGUAAGAUCUCUAAACUGGAUGCCCCUUGGCUGGUCGUAGGUGACUUCAAUAUGAUUACUCAUGCAGAGGAAGCUCGCGGAGAUGCUGGGUUGAACGUAUUUGGCGAAGGAUUGAUCGUGCUCUUGGAACUUCCUCGUGGCUACUCCGGUACCCCGAAUGCAGGGUUGAUCAUUUGCCUCGUACGGGAUCAGAUCAUGCUCCCUUACUUGUGUCGUUGCAUCAACAUACGACUAAGCAUGCUCGAAUAUUCCGAUUCGAACACUUCUGGAUGGAGUAUGCUACUGUUCAAGAGAUUGUGGCAUCUGUUUUCAAUGAGAACUCUGUGCAUAAACUGCAUAACAACCUCUCCAAACUGCAGAGGGAUGUCUUAAGGUGGAAUAAGCUCUCUUUAGGAAAGCUUGAAAACAUCUCUGAUAUGCUCAAGCAGGAAAUCUCUAUGCUUGAGCAGAGUGAGAGCGAUGGCACAAUCACUUCCCAACAAGUUGAAAGGCUUAGAUCCCUUUAUAACUAUCAUGCUGCGAUUAUGCGGCAGAUUGAAACUAAAUGGCGUACCAAGUCUAGGAUUCGUUGGUUGAGAGAUGGCGAUCAAAACACCCAUUUUUUCCAUAUGGCUACUCUUGUUAGAAGAAGGAGGAAUCGAAUUACCUCCUUGGUUCUUGACAAUGGCGUUAGGAUUAGUGAUGAGCCCAAUUUAAUGAUGGCUUUUUCUAUAUUUUACACCAAUUUGUGGGAUUACAAUUUCAAUGGUUUCUCUGCUGACAUGGACAUAGAGGGCUUUCCUACAAUAUCCUCCGAUGUGCAUGAUAUGCUUGUGGCCCCAUUUACCAUCGACGAGGUGAAAGCUGCUCUUUGGUCCAUGCCAACAGGGAAAGCGCCGGGCCCGGAUGGGUACCCGGUUGAAUUUUAUCGUCGCUAUUGGGAAAAUGUUGCGCCGACCAUUAUGAGAGAAUUGCACUCUUUCCAGUCCACAGGGUUGCUACCUACCGAGUGGGCUAGAACCUUUAUCGUUCUCAUUCCUAAAAAAGAGAAUCCUGAACGUGUUUCAGACUAUAGACCCAUCUCUUUAUGUAAUGUGUGCUAUCGGCUCUUAGCUAAAAUUAUUGUCAAUAGAAUGAAAUCACUCUUACCGAGCUUAAUUGGUAUUGAGCAAAGUGCUUUUGUUCCGACACGAAAUAUUAGUGACAAUAUUAUGAUUGUCCAAGAGAUGUUUCAUUCUAUUAACACCGUGCGCAAUGGCGACGCUAUGAUGUUUAUUAAGUGUGACAUGGAAAAGGCAUAUGACCGUAUGGCUUGGCAAGCUAUUUUAUUUGCUAUGCAUCAUAUGAAUUUUCCAAAAAAAUGGUUAAUGUGGAUUGAGGCGUGUAUUUCCUCACCAAUGUACGCCUUGCUGGUCAACGGUAAUCCCUCAAAUUGGUUAAAACCAAAGUGCGGCCUUCGUCAAGGAGACCCGCUUUCUCCCUACUUGUUCAUUUUAACUUCGCAAUUGCUAACUCAUAUGCUUAAUAAGAAUUUGAGUGCGGGCAAAAUAUCUGGGUUUUGUAUCGAUAGUCGGACAAGAAUAUCCCACCUCAUGUAUGCUGAUGAUCUGUUGAUAGUCACAAUGGCUAAAAUUCAAGAAUGCAAUGUGAUUACUGAGACUCUUGAGUUUUAUACCUCUAUCACCAACCAAAAGGUCAACCUAACCAAAUCCGCGGUCUAUUUUCCGAACUGGAUAAAUAGAGACUUGAAACGCCGUAUCCAUCGGAAACUAGGCAUGCAAGAAGGGUCCAUCCCUUUGACCUAUCUUGGCAUCAAAUUGGGCUAUGGUAAGCAACUUCUGAGAGAUUAUGAUGACUUUCAAGCUAAGGUGGAUAGCAGACUGGCUUCUUGGAAGAGAAAUAGCUUGUCCCAAGCGGGCAGAUUGGUUCUCAUCAAUUCUGUCCUUGGGGCCAUGUCGAAUCACAUAUUUGCAAACUUUGCUGUUUCAAAAGGAGUGACAAAUUCUCUCUCUAGAAAAAUUCGUGAUUUUCUUUGGGAAAAAAGGAAUAAUAAGAAGAGUCUACAUCUUCUUAAGUGGGAUAGUGUUACUACUGCACGGGUCAAUGGAGGGCUUGGCAUUCGUGACCCUAACAUAUCUCAGAAAGCUUUACUUGGGCCUAAAGUCUUCAUGGUUCUAAAUAACAACGAGCCCCUUUGGGUUAAGCUGGUGAGAGAUAAGUACAGAGGUUUCCAUCCUUGGAAGUUCACUGAUAGAAAGUAUAAAAAGUGCUCCCCAAUCUUUAAGGCCCUUAGAGUUACAAUGCAUGUGAUUCGUGAUGGGAUGUGUAAGCUCAUUGGUGAUGGUAAGGAUACUACCAUAUGGGAUGACCCAUGGAUCUUUUCUAUACCUUUAUCCUGGAAGCCUACUUAUAUUAAUAUGAAUGUUCGAUUUGGCAAAAAGAAAGUUGCUAGACUCAUUCGGGCAGGCAAUUGGAAUUAUGAUCGUCUGGUCGAGUGGUUUGGGCCAAUUCUGGCUCAUAAUAUUUGCAAAAUUAUCUUAAGCCCUGAUAAUGGUUCUGAUGAAUGGAUUUGGGCUCCUAAGAAGGAUGGAAAGCCAUCGGUUAAAUCCAUAUACCAUCACAUAAAUCAAGGUUUCUAUGUCCCUCAAGCGACCAAGUGGAUAGUGUUGUGGUCCUUACCGGUUGCUCCUCGUGUUAAGAACUUUUUAUGGAAACUUCUCUGGAAUAGGCUACCUACUAAUGAGCGAUGUUACUCACUUAAUUCAGCCCCGUCUCCUUUUUGCAUUUAUUGCUCCACUCCGGAAGAUCAAAAUCAUAUCUUUUUGGAUUGCAUAAAUGCUAGAAGAAUUUGGGAUGCCGUUAUGUCGUCUACUGGCAUUUUGUUUUCUUUCAAUGGUGACUGGAUUACUGAGGAGUGGAUUGAUGAGGGUAAAAAUCUGGCGGUGGUCCAGCAACAAUUUAUCCGCGCCUUGAUAGCCAACACUUUUUGGCAAAUCUGGAAGGAACGAAAUGCCAGACAAUUCUCUAACAAUUCCUCUUCGAUCCAGGUCAUAUUGCGCCAUAUCAUGCAUAUGACUUUGGAUUAUAUUUCUAAAGUCCCUUCGCACACUAUUGAACACUCGAACGCCAACAAAUGGUGUCCGCCACCAGAUGGUUGGAUUAAAAUUAACACCGAUGCGUCCUUCAAGUCUGAAGAAGGCACUGCCGCUAUUGGUUAUAUAGCUCGUACUAAUUUAGGCCAUGUUGUAUUUGCUGCAGGUAGACAGAUUGAGGCAACUUCAGUACUGGAAGCUGAGGCAAAGGCAAUGAAGGAAGCUAUUGCGGAGGCGCAUCAACAUGGACUUCAACGAGUAUGUUUAGAAAGUGAUUCCUAUCUUCUUAUUCAGUGCCUGCGACAUGCCCAAUCACCUCCAUGGCCUCUGAGAGCUCUUGUGCUUGGCAUAUCUAGCACCAUGAAGAAGUUUGCUGCUACUCAAGUCCUUUUUGUUAAAAGGGAGGCAAACAUGGUAGCCGAUUGGCUGGCUACCAGAGCUAACUUGCCUCAAUCUUUUGUAUUUACUAAUGCAAAUCGACAUCCAGAGUUAUGUCGUAUGUUAGAUAAGGAUAUAGAGCAUUUUUUACUUUUUCGUUGA